AAAGAUUAUAUAUUUGAUUAAAAACAAACCCCACACUGUUCCUAAAAACCCUCGCUUUCUCAGUCACCGCUCGUCUGCUCGAGGGAUUCCGUCCGCUCAGCCUCUGUUUUUGUGAGAAAAUUAUUUGAUUUAGGGCUUUGUGGAGUGGCGAAAUGGCUACUGGUCCUGGACUUGAAUCUCUCGUGGACCAGACCAUAUCUGUGAUCACAAAUGAUGGACGCAAUAUAGUGGGAGUUUUAAAAGGCUUUGAUCAAGCUACAAACAUCAUAUUGGAUGAAUCUCAUGAGAGGGUUUACUCCACAAAGGAAGGUGUCCAGCAACUUGUUCUAGGUCUGUAUAUUAUCCGCGGUGAUAACAUAAGCGUUGUUGGAGAAUUAGAUGAAGAACUAGAUUCAAGUCUGGACUUGUCAAAACUAAGGGCUCAUCCGCUCAAGCCAGUGAUCCACUGAUGUAGUCCGAUAUACCCUCAAGUUUCAGUAUUGUUGAAGCAAGUUAGGACAAACGUUAUACUUUAUUGGGAGAGAGUUCCUUCUGGCUAGGUUUUAAUUAGUUUGGUCUUAUUCUGUGAUAUAUCUUGUUAACUAAUUUAAGACUUUUUUCACUAAAUAGAACUUGAUGUUGUAUCAGAAUGCAGGAUUCUGGUCACGAAUUCCGCCUGAGUUAUUUGUGCAAACUUUAUGCCCUGGUGAAAAUUUUUCUGUGGAACAUUUGUUAGAAAUUUACAUUGUAUAACUGCCACUUAUUAUCUUUUUGAGCAUCAGUAGUGUUUAGUCUUCCUUUGAGAUUGGAAGCGGGAUGAGUUGAGACGCUAACAACUAGUCAUAUGUUCAUAUGAUGUGAUUGAUGCAUUAUGACAGGCUUGACUUAUAAUUCUGUCAAACUUUCUCAUUUGAUUUUUCAUCUAUAAACGUUGUAAGUGAAGGACUCAUUCCUCAUGUAUCACCCUUGUCACAGUUCUCAGAGACCAUGAAGGAGUUGAAUUGAAGAAUUUCAAUGUAGAAGGUGCAAUACUUUCAGCAAGCAGUCUGACAGUAGGCCACCUUUGGGGAGACCAGCAUUUUCAAGGUACAACUACUGCUAUAUUCUUGAAAAAUGCAGCCAUUCUAAGAUCCGGAGGAUCUGGACCUCCUUCUCCAGUGGGUAACGAUUCACACGGCCCUGGGCAUUGAUAAGCCUUAUCAACAUUGUAUGGUUUAGCAUGCAUGGCAAUUGUUAAUAAUAUCGAAGUUUUCUUUUUUA